AUGUCCAAUCAACCCUUUAUCUUCGUGGUCGAGCAUUUGGACCCGGAACUUGGCCCAUGGUCUGCUUUGGAAUACAAGACUAUUGCCAAAGAAUCCAAAGAACAUGGCUGCCGGUUCAUCCUAUCUUCGGUGCCUGCGUCUUUGCUUCAAUCCGAACAAAUGAGUGAGCUCCAAAAGUGGGGCGCCGAGGCUAGAAACGACAGUAUCGAAACCUAUUUUGACAGCAAUAAGGACAAAAUUUGUCUGCUUGAUCCUGCGGCUGAGCAGGAAUUGGACCCUGCCGACUCCAACGUCUUCGAUGUCUUCUUAUUUGGGGGAAUAUUAGGAGACGAUCCGCCAAGAGAUCGCACCAGCGAGUUGCGGAAGAAAGGCUUUAUUGGACGGCGACUAGGGCCUAAACAGAUGACCACAGACACAGCUGUGCGAGUCACACGAACUGUCAUCCUUGAUAAGGUCCAUCUGGACAAGAUUCCAUAUGUGGACUACCCGGAGUUGAAGUUGAACGAGCACGAAACUACCGAGAUGCCGUUCCGAUAUGUUGCUGACGAGUCGGGAAAUCCUAUCAUGCCAGAAGGCAUGAUAGAUCUCAUCAAAGCUGAUGCGGAUAAGGCGUUCGAUAGCCUCGAGUUUGCCGACGAAGUGCAAGGUCUGGACGACCUGAAGGUCAACGACUCGUGA